UGUGUUUCCUCGUGCCGCUGAUGCUGCGGAGACUCAUUUCCUCACAGUCACUCGUGCAGGUGGACACACACUCGCUCCACUCACACACCGACUCAAGUUCAUCAACGAUCAGAUGGGUAGCAGCUGAGCGCUCUUACAGUGAUGGAGAUCAUCAGAAUAACAUCCGCACUCUCACAUCCAUCCACAACUCAACCGUCGAUGUGUACGAACGCCUCCUCGUCCCCCAACCAAACGUUUAUUUCUCCGACAGACAACUGGAGACCUCUGGAUUACUCUCCAGGCAUCGCUGGGAUCCUCAUCCCUCUGGUGUACAUCACCGUUUGCGUUGUCGGUCUGGUCGGGAACACUCUAGUAAUCCACAUCGUGCUGCGAUAUUCCCAAGCGGAGUCUGUGACAAAUAUCUACAUCCUCAAUCUAGCUAUCGCUGAUGAACUCUUCAUGUUAGGUCUGCCAUUCCUCGCUGUACAGAACGGCCUUCUCUCCUGGCCCUUCGGAUCUCUGAUGUGUCGUCUGGUCAUGACCGUUGACGCAAUUAACCAAUUUACUAGCAUCUUCUGUCUGACCGUGAUGAGCAUCGACCGAUAUCUUGCUGUAGUGCAUCCCCUCCGAUCCUCUAGGUGGCGCCAGCCACGUGUGGCUAAAACUGUGAAUUGCACAAUAUGGGCGAUUUCGUUUGUAGUAGUCCUACCAGUGGUGGUGUUCGCCGGCGUUCUGCAGGAUGACGGAAAUUGUAGUAUUGUAUGGCCGGAGCCUGCCGAAGUCUGGAAAGCGUCGUUUAUUAUCUAUACGGCGACAGUGGGAUUCUUCGGCCCGCUUACCGUAAUCUGUCUCUGCUAUUUGUUAAUUGUAGUGAAAGUGCGCAGCUCUGGACGAAGAGUCCGCGCUACGUCCAUUCGCCGCAGGAAAUCAGAACGCAAAAUAACGCGAAUGGUCGUAAUCGUGGUAGCUGUGUUUGUAUUCUGCUGGCUGCCGUUCUACGUUUUAAACAUCGUAAACCUGCUGGUUCUGCUACCAGGCGAGUUCAGAGGCCUGUAUUACUUUGUCGUAGUUCUUUCAUAUGCAAACAGUUGCGCAAAUCCCAUCCUAUAUGGAUUCCUUUCGGAUAACUUUAAAAGAGGAUUUCGCAAAGCCUUGUGUCGAUCGUCUAGACGUGUGGAGAACCAGGAUCUGCAGCAGGGAACGGGAAUGGUGGCGCUCCCGCUGGAGGAGAUCCGAAGGGAGAUGGAGGUAAAGGAGCAUCUGAAGGCGAUGGAUGUUGAGGAGCGCGAGGAAAGCGAACUUCGAAAUGGUAAAAACGUGGAUGAACGAUGCGAUGGUGCCGUCAGCUCGACCUCUGAACCCGCAGCUGUUCUCAAUGGAGCUCGGAGACACAAACACCUGCCGGAGAACGGCGAGGAUAAACGCUCCGUCCUGGAGAUCAGCUGCUUGUGAUAAAUAUUCAUUGAUGACUGCUGAUGGCAGAUCGUCUGGCCGUGUUGGCUGCCAGAUAACCUCAGUCUGCUUUAUCCGCCACAUUUUUCACUCUAAAGUGACGAAGCCAUUGUGGCUUAAAUAUGUGGAAACUUUUGGUGUCACCCGUAUGAUACUAUAAAAUACUACAGCAAUUGAUUGUGUAUUUGAACCCUGCUAUAGUGAAGUAUCUGUUGUGGUGAUUGUAUAGUUACUAUGGUAACACAACGAACGACUAUUGUA